ACAGCAACUCUUGCGCGGGGAGGUCCCUGCUGCCGUCUCUACCUGUCGGAUCCAGUGCUACUCCACGGUCAUAAACUAGGAAAAUGUCUCCCGGGCUACUUUUUCACGCGUGGAUGCUGCUUUUCGUGCACGCAACACUGGUCUGCCGCGGAUUUAACGUGGACGAACGCUUCCCUGUGAUCAAAGUGGGACAAACCAAAGGCAGCUUCUUUGGAUUGUCCGUGGCCAUGCAUGAACAGACGGAGGGGUCCAGGAAGUACCUGCUUUUAGCGGGAGCGCCCAAAGAGAAAGCCUUAUUCCUGACGAAUGUUAAUGAAACAGGUGCUGUCUACUCCUGCCCCAUUUCCACGGAUGUCUCGGACUGUUCCAGAAUGGACCUGGUUACCUCUACAAACUCGGAAGAAAUGGUGGAGGGCAUGUGGCUGGGCGUGACUGUGGCCAGCCAAAGAGUGCAGUCGGCAGGACGCGUAAUGGCAUGUGGCCAUCGCUACGUCAAGGUCGUCCAAAGUGGCACCGAUGAGCAGCGACGGAUGAUAGGAAAGUGCUACGUGAGGAGCAACGACCUGACCUAUGACCAAAAUGAUUUCUGGCAGACUGACAGCUAUGAGGUGUGCGACCCCACUUUGGACUUGGAGAAGGAGGGAAUGUGCAACAUGGGCAUUUCGGGUGGUAUGACGGAGAAUAACACGUACAUGGGCAGCCCAGGAAGCUACAGUUGGCAAGGAAAUGUACAUAAUAUAUGGAGAAAUCCUGAUCCUCUCGAUUCAUGGGACUCCAGAAACAAAAACUUUGGAUCAUUGAAACAACAACCACAAACAAGAAAACUCUACUAUAUGGGCUAUUCAGUUCUUGAAGAGAAGCGCCUGCUGAGCAUUGACAACUACACGGUGGUGACAGGCUCGCCGAGGUAUGAGUCCAAGGGUUCCGUGGUCCUCGGGGAUAUGGCUGACAAUAACAUCGUGACGGUGCUCAUCAUCCCAGGGGAACAAGUGGGCUCAUAUUUUGGCAGCAGUCUCGCUGUCACCGACCUCAACAAUGACAAUUGGAACGACUUAAUUGUGGGAGCCCCGUUUUACUUUGACCGAAUGAAAGAUGAGGGAGGAGCAGUUUAUAUCUAUAUGAAUGAGAACGGAUCCUUCCAGAAGACUCCUACUGUGGUCCUCAAAGGUCCUGCAUCAUCCGCAUUUGGCAACGCAGUGGCUGCCAUUGGUGACGUCAACCAGGAUGGAUUCCAAGACUUUGCAGUCGGCGCUCCCUUUCAUGGCACAGGCAAGGUCUACAUAUGGAUGGGAAGUAAAGAAGGAAUCUCACAGAAGCCCAGCCAGGUAAUAGAGGGCAAGUCGGUGGACAAUGGAGGAUUCCAAACGUUUGGUUACUCCAUCAACGGAGGCAUGGACAUGGACGACAACAGCUAUCCUGACAUUUUAGUUGGCUCCCUUGACGACCGUAUCGCCUUGCUCAGGAGUCGGCCAGUCGUCCACUUAUCCCGGAAGUUUAAUGUGAUGCCAGAUAUUGUGGAUCCUAAUGAGUGUCAAGGGAAUACACCAUGCAUCACGGCCACUAUCUGCAUGUCUUUCAAUCUAAGCAAUGGCAACAAAAAUUUCAAGAAAAGCAUCAUGGUGAAAUACACGGUGGAGGCCGACAUUGAGAGAAGGAGGAGCACACGGGUUCGUUUCCAGGAGAACAAUGACGACACUUAUUCAGGCGUGCUGAGCCUGCCGGAUUUCAAAACUCAUUGUAGUUCUCUCUACCUGGAUGUCGUGAUGCCUUUGAGGGACAAACUGGAGCCAGUGGUCUUCUCCGUCAACAUGUCUUUAGAUGAACCAAAACCCAAAGCAAAACGCUCCAUUCAGAACUUGGACUCCUUCCCCAUUCUCAGUCAAAACCGGAAACUCACCAAAAGAGCCGAGAUUCACUUUCAGAAAGAGUGUGGCUUGGACAACAAGUGCACCAGUAAUCUGCAGCUGGCAGCUCAUUUUGCUGAUGAUCGGGAAAAACCUUUUCCCAGACAGGGCAAAGCCCAAGUUCUUCAAUUCAACAGCAACAUGAAAAUAAUAAGGCUGAUGGUGGAGGUGACCAACUUUCCUUUAAGGGGGAAGCUGGCUGAAGACGCCCACCAGGCCAUGCUCAAUGUCACCAUCCCUGAUGCGCUCCAAUACUCUGGAGUGAGGUCCCCGGAACAUGAUGUCGAAUGUCGUUAUGAAGGCACCGUCCUUUGUGAAUUGGGGAAUCCACUGAAAGGCAAGGAAAAGGUAUCACUUGACUUGAGGUUGGAGACGUCAGGUAUAGAUCUGUACACGCAGAAAAUCCAGUCUGAGCUGCUUCUGUCCACUCUCAGUGAGCAAAGUGACCUGGUGCCUGUGCCUGUAACCUUGUUCAUCGAGAACAGCAUUCUCCCCUCCUUCUCCAUAGAAAAUGCGCUCAUUCAAACCAAAUUCAGCGGGACGGUGAUGGGCGAGUCGGCCAUGGUGAACAGCAGCAACGUAGGCAGUCUGCUCGAGUUCACCUUCAAUGUCAACAUGGAGGGACCGCCCUUGGGGGAAUUGGGGACCCUUGCUGUGGAGUUUGAGUGGCCCUUUGAGGUGUCUAACGGGAAGUGGCUUCUGUACCUGACUCAGAUCAUUGUUCAGACUGAGUCUGAGAGUGAAUGUCGACCACCUGGAGAUGUCGUCAAUCCGCUCAAUUUAACUCUGUCUGAAAGCGCAUCGAAACGUGUCAAAAGGCAAAUCGAAGUGGAGCAUACAGAUGAUACGACUCCGCCUCACAAUAUUCAGCAGCAGAACAAGCUCACAUUGCUCACGCCGCGAAAAGAAGCACACCAGUUGGAAUGCUCCAAGGGCACAGCACGAUGCGUGACCUUUACAUGUCCUUUGUUGAACAUGACCAACUCAGCCAAGAUUCAUGUCCGCGCCCGUUUAUGGAACAGCACAAUGCUCGAGGACUUUGCCAAUGCUUUGUGGAUCAAAGUUGUAGGUGAAGCCACAUUGAAACUCAUCACAGACAAACCCACCCUUAAAAUGGAAAGCCAGCCCAUCAUGUUCGCAGUGGAUAUCGAACCAGUGGAACGGGUUGAGACGCCCUAUGAACUUCCACUGUGGAUCAUCAUUUCUGCCAUCGUAGCAGGAGUUUUACUUCUAGGAAUCAUCAUCCUCAUACUUUGGAAGUGUGGCUUCUUCCAGAGGGCCAGCAGGAGGGAGAUGUAUGAGGCCAAAGCCCAGAAGGCUGAGAUGAAGAUCCAGCCCUCUGAGACAGAGAGGCUGACUGAGGACUACUGAGACCCACUAUGGGUACACAAGCGUGCACUUCAAUGGGGCUUUUGGCUUGGAUUCUUCAAGCGAUCCCUCUACUACCGGAUAAUGCCAAAGCACCGCGGGGUGAAAAUUCGCAAGGCUGAUCGCUAUCAGUUCAAUGAGGGAUUUGAGCCAGAGGAGCCACACAGAAAGUAUUGGAUCACCAACUGGACAGAGAUGCAGCAUUUCUACUACUGAGGCCUUAAUUUACAUUGCUCAGCUACUGACUGACAUGUGGACAAAGAAAAGAACAUUUGGACAAACUGUGGAUGAUGAUCUGUUUUUUUUUGUUUUUGUUUUGUUUUUUAAAAUAGAUUUCUCAGUGCAAUAUGUUGAGCAUUUGUGUCACAGAGAUUGUAAUUGUCAAGUAUUCUCUCACUGCAGUGUUGUAAAUUGAAUAUUGAGGCAUUCACUGUGUUGUUUUGAUGUUCUGAAUUUGCUAUGAACGCUUUAUCUGGUGAUAUUUCUUCUUGCUGGUGUUUUUUUUUUUUUUUUUUUUAACCCCAAUUGGCCUUAUAGUUUAUCCUUGAUUGUAAAUGCAGUGUUGCCUUGAAAUACGGGUGACCAGAUUAACAAGUUCUGUAUUGAAAAGUGGACAAGUUCCGAAUGCCAUAGAUUGGCUAAUGAUGGAUCACCACAUCAUUACAGACAAUAUAAUAAUGCUUACAGGCAUGUAUUCUUUAUCCUCAGUGAAGAAUGACUCAUAUUUCUGCAUCAUGGUGAAUUCUAGUCGUUGUGAAACUCAUUUUUGCGUCUAUAACUGGAUCACAGUGCCUCUAGUGGCCAGGUCAACCUCAACAAAAGAAGCCACAGUAAUUAAAUUACAAUAUUGUGCACGGUAUUUUCCACACUAUAAGGUGCACGUAAAGGCCUUAAAUUUUCUCAAAAAUGGCACUGCGCCUUAUAAUCCGAUGCGCCUUACAUAUGGAUCAAAAUUGGUUGAUCAGGACAUUCCCUUUUGUGCAGCUUCAUCUAAUGGAUGCAAAACGCAAACCCAACUACGACUACUACUACUACUGCCUUAUAAUGUGGGGGGCUCUAUAUAUGAAAACAGUUUUAGGCUAUUCAUUGAAAGUGCGUCGUCUACUCUGAUCCACCUUACAGUGUGGAAAAUACUGUACUGGUAUUUGAGAAAAAAAAAAAAGAUUAGCAGCUCAUCUCAAGGCAGCGCUGUAUAUGCGUUUCUCCAUCAGUGCUCUGAGUAAGCACUGACUUUUUAAUCUCUGCUGUAAUUGUUUUUUGUUGUUGUUGUUGUUGUUUUUUUUUUUUUAAUUAUCAUUCUCAUGCACUGACUUGCUGUGCCGAACAUGAUGAGUUCAGUUCCAAAGUUGUGUUGUUUUUUAGGGACUGCAUUGCCUUCUCUCACUGGACUGGGGUUGUUUUGAAUUGCGAGGCCCUGACUUGAUGACUAUUUAUUACAGUCUUGUACAAACACAGGAGGAGAUCUGUUUAAGAGGAUGUAACACAGGGAGUUACAACACUGGAUUCAAUUAUGCUUCAUGUUGUGAUCAAAUAAGGCAAUGUGUAGCUUUGUUAUAAAUGUUUCAUUGACUUUUUAAAAAUCAAUUUAUAGACUCAAUGGGCACCCAUUCCAUUGAAAGUAGGGGCAAGUUUGUUCGAACUCGGAUAUUUUGCCCUUUUCAAAUCAAUUAACACAAGCAAAUUUUGAAAUGUUGUUAUUGUUAUUCCACUCAUCUAGUGGACAGUGAGUGGAUAUCAUUUGUUGUACAGGACUUUGGACACCGGCCACGGCUUUUGGGCAGAAUGGACUAAGAAGACAUUGAUUCUGUCGUUUCUAAUGGACUAAAUGUUGCCUUGCUGCUUUUGCUCAUGUUACCUGAGAGCGACCUGCCAGGUAUUCUGCUGUGACACUGAGAACUGCAAACCUUACAGAGGCCCCUUUGACUCCUCUGGGUGGAGCGGGGAAGGACUAAAAUGCACAAACCUUGCUGAUUUUUAUACUGCGCAGUUUUGAUGUAAUUUGAUCAUUCAUUACAUCUGUCAAAUGAA